CCAUGGAUAUUUCUCACAAUCCCUUUGCUGAAUUAGUCAACUUGAAUGACGCUUGUACUAAAAACAUCUCCCAGAAUGAGGAAAUUGAUUCCACUAAAAUAAUGGAAAGAAUUCUUUUGGUCACCCGCGACCGAGGUUUAUCUGGACGACCUCCAUGUAUGCUAUUUUUGGAAGCGUCGUCCAGUGAACCACCGUUGCUAGAUGUGGAUCAACUCGAUCAAGUGAUAUUUACUCGUGUGCAAAUGCAAAGCUAUCCUCCAGAUGAUCUCGUUCUGUUAAAGCAAGAUACACCACUUGCGGAUAUGGAGGAGGCUGUAAUCAUGGAGCCCAUUACUUACCUGUCCUCUUGUUUUAAACGAGCCAUGUAUGUGAAGAAGCAGCCGAAUGUAAGUUCAUGCUUUAUCCUGUCUCGUUACAAUAUUCUGAAUCAUCUCAUCCUUAUGCAUUAG